AUGGCUUUCGGCACCCUUUUCACCCACUCUGACAACCCCCGCUCCGUCGCCAUCAAGGCGGUCGCGAAGGCCAACAACCUCGACCUCAAGAUCUCUGAGAUUGAGUUCGGCAAGCCUACUGCUGAGCACCAGACUGCCAGCGGUCUUGGCAAGAUCCCUGCUUUCGUUGGCGAGGAUGGCUUUGCUCUCUCUGAGGCUAUUGCUGUCGCCAUCUAUGUCACCUCCCAGAACGAGAAGACCACCCUUCUCGGCAAGACCAAGCAGGACUAUGCUUCCAUCCUGAAGUGGAUGUCCUUCUUCAACAUGGAGUUCGUUGGCCCCAUGGGCGACUGGUUCCGACCCCUGGUUGGCAAGGCUCCCUACAACAAGAAGAGCGUUGACGAUGCCUCCAAGGUUGUCGAGAAGGUUGUCGGUGUCAUCGAGAACUACCUUCUCCACAACACCUUCCUCGUCGGCGAGCGAAUCACCCUGGCUGAUCUCUUCUGCGCCCCUCUGCUUCACCGCGGCUUCCAGUACUUCUUCGACAAGCAGUGGCGCCAGCAGCACCCCAACACCACUCGUUGGUACGAGACUGUCAUCAAUCAGCCCAUCAUCACCGCCGUGGCCAAGCCUCUUGCUCUCCUUGAGAAGCCUGCCUUGACCAACGUCGCCCCCAAGAAGCCCGAGGCCCCGAAGCCUGCCCCCAAGCCUGCCGCUCCCGCUGCUCAGCAGGAGGAGGAGCCUGCCGCUGCUCCUAAGCCCAAGCACCCCCUUGACCUCCUUCCCCGCGCUUCUUUCCCUCUCGAUGAGUGGAAGCGCCAGUACUCCAACAGCGAGACUCCUGAUGCCCUGAAGUGGUUCUGGGAGAACGUUCCCUUCGACGAGUACUCCAUCUGGAGUGCCGAAUAUAAGUACCCCGAGGAGCUUAAGCUGACUUUCAUGUCCAACAACCUCAUCGGUGGCUUCAACAACCGUAUGGAGGGUUCUCGCAAGUAUGUCUUCGGCUGCGCUUCAGUCUAUGGCGAGGACAACGACUCUGUUAUUCAGGGUGCUUUCGUCAUCCGUGGCCAGGAGUUGAUGCCCGUUUUCGACGUCGCCCCUGACUCUGAGCACUACAAUUUCAAGAAGCUUGACCCUAAGAACGCUGAGGACCGUGCCUACCUUGAGAAUCAGUGGGGCUGGGAGAAGCCUGUCGUCGUCAACGGCAAGGAGUACGCCCAUCGCUCUGGAAAGGUUUUCAAGUAA